CGCAUGAUUUGUAGAUCGGCGAUGCUCCAGCGCCCCGCUGGACUCCGGCUUCACUCUCCAUUCCGCAACACAUCAGCCCAACAAGGAGAUUCAGAAAGAAAAAACAGGGCAUAAACUCUCCCUCACAACUCACUGCUGUGUUCUGCAUUGAAACAGGCAGAUGGUGUCACCAGGUCGGACGUUAUAAGUGUCUGAUGUGAAGCAGGAGCCGGUUUGCUGUGUAGGCUAGCUGCUGUUAGCCUCUGGGAGUGCUAACGAGUUAGCUGCGAUUUAUCGCUCCGGUUUUUGGCCACGCUUUCACUCUACAAACCGGUGAAAUGUCUUAAUCUGAAGGUUAACGUUUAGCUAACAAUUUUGGGUACCUGUGAGAACCGGUCGUUGUGCAUAUCAUUUUAAUUUUCAGUGAUUUUGAUGGGGUAGUUUGCUAGCUAACUAGCUCAGUCAGUCAAGCCCGUCCUUUAGCUGGUUAGCUGGCGGAUUUGGGGUCAUUAACGUUAGCUGGCGUGUUGGUUGUACGUUUAGUUAGAUUAGUAUAAAGUGUAUGUCUUUUUUGUGAUUAUUUACGAUGUAAUGUUGUAUAAACAGUGUUAAAUGUUGCCCGCUAGCCUGUGCUGUAUCUCUGUCAAAUACCGCUAGCAUUAGCAUUAGUGAUGCUGAAUGGCUGAGUUUACAGACCGUUAUCUCAGAUUGGAGCUGGAAUAAGCAGCUAAAAUCGUGUCUAACGGUUUAAUAGAGGUACACAGUGCAGCGACAUGCUUAUAGUCCCAAACAAACGGUUUGUUUAUUCGGUGUUUUGGUGAAAUGCUCCAGCGUUGCCUCUCCUAGCUCAGAACAGCUGGCUGGGGACAGAUGUUGGAUGGCAGUGGUCAGAAAUAACGUUACGGUGGCACAUUUUUGUCUCUCUUAUGUUUUGAGUUGUUUGCUGGAUUACAGUGCAAACACAGGCCGCUGGUGAUGCAAGAGUAGCUCCUGCUGAUUCAGCUCAGUGGCUUUAGAUCAUCUGUUUACAUUCACAACCCGUAACAGCAUCACUGGCAAGUCACAGAAACAGGGUUGUAUUUUUGUUUAUUUGUUUCCUGGUAACACAACAUUUUGCACAAUGAAGAAGUUCUUUGACUCUCGGAGGGAGCUGGUCAGUUCUGGCCCGGGUUCCGGAGGGGCUGGCGGGUCAGGAGGGUCCAGCGGUGCAGGAGGGAACUUCAUCGGCCGCAAUUUUACAGUGGGACGGCACCAGGUGACUGUGGAGGAAACGCUGGCAGAAGGUGGUUUUGCGAUUGUGUUCCUGGUGCGGACUCAUCAGGGUGUUCGCUGUGCACUGAAGCGGAUGUAUGUGAAUAAUGAGCAUGAUCUGCAGGUGUGUCGCCGUGAGAUACAGAUCAUGAGGGAUCUGUCUGGCCAUAAGAACAUCGUGGGUUUCCUGGACUCAAGUGUGACGGCGGUGGGCAGUGGAGACGUGUGGGAGGUCCUCAUCCUCAUGGACUUCUGUAGAGGAGGUCAGGUGGUGAACCUGAUGAAUCAGCGUUUGCAGACCGGGUUCUCAGAGGCAGAGGUUCUGCAGAUCUUCUGUGAUACCUGUGAAGCUGUGGCUCAAUUUCAUCAGUGCAAAACACCUAUAAUCCACAGAGACCUAAAGGUGGAGAAUAUCCUGCUGCACGAGCGAGGGCACUACGUACUGUGUGAUUUCGGCAGCGCGACCAAGAAGUUCCAGAACCCGCAGAGCGAGGGAGUGACUGUUGUGGAGGAGGAAAUAAAGAAGUAUACCACUCUCUCCUAUCGUGCUCCAGAGAUGGUGAAUCUGUAUAAUGGAAAACUCAUCACCACCAAAGCAGAUAUCUGGGCUCUGGGCUGCCUGCUGUAUAAGCUGUGUUAUUUCUCGCUGCCGUUCGGAGAGAGUCAGGUGGCGAUCUGCGACGGAAACUUCACCAUCCCAGACAACUCACGCUAUUCACAUGACAUGCAUUGCCUGAUCCGUUAUAUGUUGGAGCCGGAUCCUGAUAAAAGGCCGGAUAUCUAUCAGGUGUCCCACUUUGCUUUCAGACUGGCCAGACGUGACUGUCCUGUCCAGAAUGUGAAGAACUCCCCACUCCCUGCUAAGCUUCCUGAGCCGGUGAGAGCAAGUGAGGCAGCAGCGAAGAAGAGCCAAACGCAAACAAAGGCCAGGCUAACAGACCCCAUUCCCACUACUGAGACCUCCAUCACCCCCCGACAGCGGCCCAAAGCUGGCCAGUCCCAGCCUCAGCCUAUAGGAGGUGUUCUGCCUAUACAGCCUGCUGCACUAACGCCCCGCAGGAGAGCCAAUCAGCCGGCCCAGAGUGUCGCACAGCCCAUAGCUGUAAGUGUGAAUUUGGCUCAGCCGGCCGCAGCGCUGCAGUCUCAGCUCGCGCAGUCCACCCCCAGCCAGCCCCCGCACAAACAGCCCGUGCAGCCAGUCACGGCUCCAGCAGCUGUGUCAGGAGGUGGAGCUCCAGUGGUGACUAGCCCUGCCCCUCAGAAAGCUGCAGUAGCCCCUUCAAGCCCAGCUCCGCCCACAGCUCCUGCGCGGACCGCCCGGCGUAAACAAACAGCACAACAACAACAACAGCAGCAGCAGCAGCAACCGCCAACUCCAGCUGUGCCCACUCCAGCCAUCCAGCCGCCAGCAGUCCAGCCACCGCCCGGCACAGAGGACACACCUGCGGCCCCGGGCCUGUCUCAGACUCCGCCCUCCUCCCCCAGGACGGCCCAGAAAGCGGGGCACAGGCGGAUCCAGAGUGAUGUCACACACAGCUCCAUGUUUGGCGUUCCUGUGAGCCAAUCGACGCAGCAGCUGCAGGCUGCCACCGCCGAGGCUAACCUCAACAAAUCCAAGUCAGCGAGCGCCACCCCGUCUAACUCUCCACAGUCCUCCCAGCAGAGCGUUUAUGAACCUGGCCAGCAGGGAGGCGCUGUAGCCCCCACUGCCCCGUCAGCCCCCCAACCUCCCCCAUCAGCUGCGAGUGUGAGCGUUCCCCCCGACCAGCCGAGUUGGAACCCCUUUGGAGACGACAACUUCUCCAAACUAACCGCUGAGGAGCUUUUGAACAAAGACUUCGCCAAACUUGCUGACGAACCUGCAGAGCCUCUGAGUUCCUCCACAGAGGAGCUUCUGCCUGGUCUGGAUGCUGUAGAACCCAUUCCUCAGUCUACAGCUGAGAGACCGUCUGAUAUUUUGGGUUUGGAUGGAGGUUCGGGUUUGUUGGCAGUUCCAGAAAAGCUGAUAGAGGGACUAAAAUCUCCAGAAGCUUCUCUGAUGCUGCCGGACCUUCUGUCCAUGGCCGACCCCUUCGGAAGCUCUGUGGAGGACACAAGAGAUGGUGUUGCUGAAGUAUGCGUGGACUCUCUGAUUCCCGGGCUGGAAGCUCCUCAGGUUCACCCAGUGCAGACAGACACAGCUGCAGCAGUGAUGGCGGAUGCUCUGAGUGGUGAAGACUCUCUUCUGGGUGGUCCCCUCCCCUCUGGCCCUACCACUUGCCUAGAUGAGUUUGCACCUCUCUCAGGAGGCUCCACCCAGAGCAUGGCAGCAUGUCCAGACACUUCUUGUUUGAUCUCUGGCUUUGAUCCUGCGAGUUCCGAGAAGAGCGCUGAUGAUGAGUUUGAUCCGAUUCCAGUGCUGGUCUCCAAAACUUCCCAAGGAGGCUCCUCCCACAGCUCCAGCGGCGGUUCUGAGUCCAGUUUGCCGAGUCUGGCCCGUUCACUGCUGCUGGUGGACCAGCUCAUCGACCUGUAGAGCCGCACAGCCUGCAAAACUCUGCUUUCACUCUCCUCUCUUUCACUGUUCGUCCAUCCUUCCAUCCAAACGUCCAUUCAUUCUUCCAUCUGCUUGGCUUUCUUCCACUUUCCAUCCUCUGCUCAUUUCCUCUCCUCCAUAAACGUAUUCCGCUUCUUUUCUCCUCACAUCUGUAUCACUUCCCUCCCUUUCGGACUUUUCUUCAUUACUUCAUUACAUUUUAAUCUCUUCACAUUUGUCCACAAGCAUCAUUUUAUUUGUCACUCAUCCAAGAAUGCCACCCCCUGCUGGAUGGUCACACAUGCAGUUGGUGGUUUAGUUUCUCUAGAACUGUCUGAGUUGUUUUGGUGUGAAGUGAUGAGUUCUUUUUGGUGGAGAGCAAAAAGUGCCAACAAAUGAAGCUAUUUUUUAAAAAGUUUAAGGUGUUUUUGUUUACAGUGUAGGGUUGAGCGCAAUCUGAGCCAAAAACGUCUACAGAAACAGGGUCCACUGUUAACUUAAGGCUUUAGCAGCUUACAAACCCAAACGGAAGACAGGACAUUCUGGAGAAACACCGUUCAUAUGGUUGCCAGAGUUAGAUCUGUUCAGUUAGAUCUGACUUUAGUUUGGUCCUGCCCAUUUCACCCUACAGCAGUUUAGCCCCAACCUUUCACCCUACAGCAGUUUAGCCCCAACCUUUCAGCCUACAGCAGUUUUGCCCCAGUUUUGCAGCCUACAGCUGCUCAUUUACAUAAAGCAGUCUUAAAAGUGCAGUAAAAACUGCUUGUUUAGUUCUAAGGUAUAAAGAGAGCUCUGAAAAUGGUCGUAAAUGCUUUUGCUACAUAAAACCAGGAAAAGACAAUGAAAUAAUAGAGAAAUGGGCCCUUUAAUGUAUUAAAGGAUAAACAGGUUUAUUUAGAAGAAAAUAUCAUGUGUAAAUGUUUCUAAUCAUAAUUAAAAACUCUGUUCUACAUUUUUUCUUAUUUUUUUAGGUUAAUGUCAAAUAUUUACGUGAUAUUACAUAAACCUGCUUAAGCUUUAAUAUGAUCAUCAUCCGAAGCUGGCAAAAAAAAAAAAAACACAUUUAUUUUUAAAACAUUUUAAAAUGUUCACAAAUGUCUGCGAGCAGAAUCAAUUUAAAAAUCACAAUAAUUGUAGGAAUAACAGUGCAGUUAGUCUAGAGUCUUUACGAGUGAGUCCCAAGGACUUGAAAUCAUUUGUGAUUUCUGAAUGAAAGCGUUUUCCGCGCAGCCAUUCCAUCAGCGUUUAUCACCAUCAUGCCUUCCAUCACCUCCUCCAUCCAUCCCUCCCUCCAUCUCUCUGUAAAUAAACUCUAUUGAUGUUGUAUGUUGGUCCAGAAUUGUAAAUGUAAAUUGAUGUAUAUCUGCAAUAUCUGAUUCCCCUGAAGUGAUCUGUACUCCCUGUGUAAAAAAAAAACAAAAAAAAAACAAACAGUCUUAAUGUCUUGCAUUCCCACCCUCGUAGUAAACAUGAUGACAAAUUGCUUUAAAGACAUAUUUCAUAUAUGGUUAAGAUUAUAUGUGAAUAUGAAUAGAGUGUUAGAGACUGAAUGUAUGAAAUGAGUAUCCAUAUAUAUAAAUACAGAUAUAUGUAUAUCAGUCAUAUAACUAUUAAGAAGAAAUCUUUAUUAUCUUUGUCUUUCAUGUGUUGAGCCGUGUUUGCGAAUGUAAACAUCCAUUCUUUAUUUUCUUUUUGUUUAAGUAUCCUCUAUAUUACUGGUCUGCUCAAAUGAAGGGAAAAAGGACAAUCUGUAUCUGACCGGUCAUUUGCGCUGAGUGUGAUAUUUGUUUUUGUAUCUUUUAUUUUAGUUCCUGAUAUGUGUCUGUAGUCUAGAGGAUGCUGAGUAAAGUCUUGGUUCAUGAAAACAAACCAUUUCAGUACAGUAAACAUGCACGGUCCUGUAGUUGGACCCCCACAGGGAGGUCCAGCUCUAAGAUUAUUAUCUAAAAAAUCUAAAAAUCACUGCAAACACAUUCUAAACUAGAUACUAGAUUUAAUCGUAUGCACCGUUAUCGCUGCAUUCACUGAAUUAUGAGGAGCAUCAAAGAAUCAGAAUGUGAACAGUUGGUCAAGUAUUGUUGUUCCUGUUGAUUUUAUGAUUUUAGUAUUUUAUGAUCACGCAUUAUGCUAUAGGCUUACAAAUUAAUCUUUAAUCAAAAAUCUUAGACACUCUUUGUAUUAUUUUAUAAAAAUAAUUUUUACAGAGCAGGUCACUGAAAUGUUUACAGUUUUUAUCCCAGAUUUGUGGAAAAAUGGGUCGACUUUCAGUAGACAAAAAAAAUUGUGAGGUCAGCUUCUUCUAUUACUUCUGUUACAAGGGUUUAAAAUUAUAUUACCCAUCUAUCUGACUGGAAAGACGACAGUUACAGCUCUCAUACGACACCCAUCUUUUGAAUAUAGCUUAUGAAAUACGAAAGUUAUGAAGAAUAUGAUGAAGUGCGUUUUGGAACCACUGGUGUUUCCAAGGAGCAUAAGAGGCUACAAAGUACUAUCAUGAUAAUGAUAUAUAGUCACAUUGGCCAGCCCUAGUUUGUAGCACCAUGCUUGCUAGUUAAUAAUCGUGAGCUCUCUGCCUCCACGUAUUGAGUGAUUAGCUAUCUAGCACACAGGGAGACACACAGGGAGACACACAGGGAGACACACAGCUGGACAAAGUGUUCCAGAAAUGUGAUGUGAGCCCCCUAAACUGGCAAGCUCACCAAAAGACCCCACAGAAACCAACAAGCUUUGUCCAGUGUAGUAGUUUAGAGGCUUUGGCAAUUUCAUGCUGCAGUUUGAGUAGCUGGUGUUGGAAUAUAACCAUAUUGGAGAGUAAUAGUAGACUAAAGAUACAUAUUCACACAAGGAGGCAAGCGCAGACAUUUUGAGUUACACAGACAUGCUUUUACAUGUUGUUCUUUUCAAAAAUGCCAUAACGCAAUUCAUAAUGCAGUGCAUCACAAGUGCAAGCUGCAUUCCGAAUUUUACACCAGGGGGCGCUAUAGCGAAAUCCAAGUAUGGCGAGACUAACUACUGGUCAAUUGUCAAAGCAGACGAGCAGUUAAGGCUCAUGCAAAAUUGAUUAAUUUACAUAAACAUAAACACACGUGUAUCGUUGUCGGAACAAAACCUUGUAUCAUCUAUACUUUUGUUGGUUUAUUCUUUUGUACAGUAUUUUAAAAAGCCAGCUGCCUUUUACAGCGUGCUAAAAUUUCACGAUAAUGAAUUAAUAGAAAAGCUCAAAAAUUGCUUUAAAAAAUGUGUUACAUUGACUCUUAUUCAAAGCUAAGAAGUUUUUUUUUUCUACUGUAAAGUAACCAUUUUGGACUUGGUGACCUCAUAAUUCAGAGGAUCCAGUGAUGUUUAGACACAUCUCUGAAACUUGAUGAUCCAAACAUGGUGCAGCUUAUCAGAGUAAAGUAAAUGGGGCUUAAGCUGUAGACACAUCCACUCUCAAAUGACUGCUUUUGUUCUGAAGGAUUUCUGAACUGUUGAGUUUGUGACAUUUGGGGUUGAAACAGUUCUACUGGAGGGUCUGUAUUUAUCUGAGCCAAACCAAGCAGGAUACAACAGAAUUACAGCUCUGUAGAGCCGAGAACAUUUUAACACAAAAUAUCAGAAUACCAGAGUCUGAAAGUAUAUGUUAGCAAGUAUAGAAGUAUAAAAGUUAGCAAGCCUUGGUGGAUACACAGUCCUAGUGAUAGUAGUAGCCAGUGCCAUUGCUAGUAUCAGUGCUGGCAUCAGUGCUAGUACCCAUGUUAGUGCCAUUGCUGGUAUCAGUGCUAGCACCAGUGCUGGUGUCAGUGCUAGUACUUGUUCCAGUGCCAGUAUUAGUAGUAGCCAGUGCCAGUUCUGUGCUUUUUUUUUUGCACAGCUUUCUCCCUACAGACACAUAUCAGAACAGAGUUUUGUUUAUUGGGUUUUAAGUGAAGAUUUGUUCAUGAACGGUGUUUUAGUCAGUACUGUAUGUGCCAUAAACGCGUUCAGACAGACAGUUUGGUACAGGCACCUCUACUAUAAGCACAGCCUCUCUCUGUCCUACUGUUCUCUUCUCUUCUCUUCUCUUCUCAUCUCUCCUUCUUUCCUUCUUCCAUCUUCUUUCACUUUCUCUCUUCCCCUCUUCUUAUUUUCUUCUCUGCUCUCCCCUCUUUUUGUUAAUAGUGUGUCUGAGUGAGUGAAUGGGAGAUAAUCUCAGUGGUGCUGAACUGUAUAACUUUAGCCAAUCAUGGACUGAGUUGCUAACCGAGCUGCUGAUCCUGAUAGAUGUUAAAUGCCGUCGAGGGGGUUGGCAGCUUAAAAUGAUAGUUUGGUAAAAAAUCUACACCAGUUAUCCCAAAUAUUUUGCUGUGGUAAUGUAGCUAACAAGUAAUGGAAGCUUGUACCCCGCUAGUUGUCGUGGACAGGAAUGUUACAUAGCUAAAAACAGUAGCAACAGCCAGCCUGAACACUUUCCCAUAGAUAACAGUACAUCAUACAACAUCAGAGACCAUAUAAACAAGCAGGCACACAGUUUGUACAAUGUAAAUUGGUAAUUAGGUGCGGUGCUAACUUGUUAGCUACAUUCGCUUCAUAGCUACAGUGCUGAAACCAAACAAUUCUCAACUACAUUUGGUGAUAAGGAGGAAACCGGUUACAUUUGAUGAUUUUUUUUUUUACCAAACUAUUCCUUUAAACUGGCACUGUGUUGAAGUUAGAAGAGAUAAAUGUAAGCGCACAACGCUGAGAACUCCUGCUGACUGCAUUAUUGCCGUUCUCUGUUGGUAAUGAAGAGACUGAGCUCGCGUUUCCCUCAGCCUCUGUACAGCUCUCGCUAACCCUAUGCAAUCCCUCUCAUCUGCUCGUAGAAAACAGCGCUGUAGUUCAGUAGAGGUCUUGCCUUGCCGGUAGAGUUUUGACUUGUGUAGUUGUGCAAAUAUCCCCCAGAUUUCCUUUCAUGUGCUCGAGCUGUUUUUGUUGGGAGAAAAAGGAAAAAAAAUGCUAUUUAUGAUGAUAUCGUUGGGGUUCAAAUAAUCUCUGGGCUCUGUAGCAAAAAUCCCCCGUGUUAGAGCAGAGACGACUCCAUGUGCACCUUCUAUUUUUGUGAAAAAAAAAAAUAAAGAAAGCAAAGAGGUGUUCAAUAAACAUGUAAAUGUGAA